ACUUCGAGCUCUUGUCUCGCGAGAUUUCCGCCGUGUUGGACUUCGCUGUGGUGGCCGCUCGAGAGGUGUACAGAAACAUGGAGUAUAUGACGGAAUCCACCGACCGCACCCCUGGACACAUCUUGUGCUGCGAGUGUGGUGUCCCAAUCAGCCCAAAUCCUGCCAAUAUUUGUGUGGCCUGUUUGCGAAGUAAAGUAGACAUCAGCCAAGGCAUUCCGAAGCAGGUCUGCGUGUCUUUCUGCAAGCAGUGUCAGAGAUAUUUCCAGCCACCAGGAACUUGGAUACAGUGUGCAUUAGAAUCCAGAGAACUUCUUGCUUUGUGUUUGAAAAAAAUCAAAGCUCCUCUGAGUAAGGUGCGGCUUGUAGAUGCAGGUUUUGUUUGGACCGAGCCCCAUUCUAAAAGACUUAAAGUUAAACUGACUAUUCAGAAAGAGGUGAUGAAUGGUGCUAUCCUUCAGCAGGUGUUUGUGGUGGAUUAUGUUGUUCAGCCCCAGAUGUGUGGAGAUUGCCACAGAGUAGAAGCUAAAGAUUUCUGGAAGGCUGUGGUUCAAGUGAGGCAAAAGACUUUGCACAAAAAAACUUUCUACUAUCUGGAACAGUUGAUUUUGAAAUAUGGAAUGCAUCAGAAUACACUUCGUAUCAAAGAAAUUCAUGAUGGGCUGGAUUUCUAUUAUUCCUCAAAACAGCAUGCUCAGAAGAUGGUAGAAUUUCUUCAGUGUACAGUUCCCUGUAGACACAAAGCCUCACAGAGACUGAUCUCUCAGGAUAUCCACAGUAACACAUACAAUUACAAAAGCACUUUUUCUGUGGAAAUUGUUCCAAUUUGCAAGGAUAAUGUUGUUUGUCUGUCUCCGAGACUGGCACAAAGCCUGGGAAAUAUGAACCAGAUUUGUGUGUGUAUUCGAGUAACUAGCGCCAUCCAUCUCAUAGAUCCAAAUACCCUUCAAGUUGCGGAUAUUGAUGGAAGCACUUUCUGGAGUAACCCUUUCAAUAGUUUAUGCCAUCCCAAACAGCUAGAGGAAUUUAUUGUGAUGGAAUGCAGCAUAGUCCGAGAUUUAAAACGCAAUGCAGGUGCUGGAAUGAUAUCAAAAAAGCAUACCCUUGGGGAAGUCUGGGUACAGAAAACAUCCGAAAUGAAUACAGAUAAACAGUACUUUUGUCGCACUCAUUUGGGACAUCUUCUAAAUCCUGGAGACCUGGUAUUGGGAUUUGAUUUGGCCAACUGUAACUUAAAUGAUGAGUAUGUCAACAAAAUGAACUCAGAUAGAGUCCCAGAUGUGGUGUUAAUCAAGAAGAGCUAUGACCGUACCAAACGUCAGCGUCGUAGAAACUGGAAACUGAAAGAGCUUGCAAGAGAUAGAGAAAACAUGGAUACAGAUGAUGAAAGGCAAUACCAAGAUUUCCUUGAAGAUCUUGAAGAUGAUGAGGCAAUUAGAAAAAAUGUAAACAUUUAUAGAGAUUCAGCCAUUCCUGUGGAAAGUGACACAGAUGAUGAAGGAGCACCUCGAAUUAGUCUGGCUGAGAUGCUUGAAGACCUUCACAUUUCCCAAGAUGCUACUGGUGUAGAAGGUGAAUUGAUGAUGACACAAUGACAUUAGGUUGUAGAUGAUUUUCGUAUCUGUAGGCUUAGGGUGUUGGACAAAAUAACUUUUAUUGUCUAUUGCAUUUGUGCUUCCAUAUUGAGAGAGGAGAAAUUUAGUUUUAAACUUGAAUAAAUAGGAUUAUUUUCAUCGCUUAUUCAGAGCACUGAAAGAGAUUGAUGGUUUUGAAGUUUUAGAUAAAAGAUUAUGGAGAAUGUAAUUAUUACUGAUAUUUAGGCCCUUUUGCAUGUGGAAUUUUAUAAAAGUUUGCCUUUUUAGGAGACCCUACUAUUUUUGCAUGUAGCACUGGGUUUCAUAUCUUAAAAGUUGUGAUUAUUUGGAGGUUACCUAAAUCUUGAAGCCUAAAACAAGCGUUUACAUUCAUUUUGCAUUGAUUGCUUUAGUAAAAGAGCAUAUGAAGAAUCAUUUUUAGUAUGAACUUGUUAUGCACUUUGAUCCACUUUAGAUCACUUUUAUGUCAUUGGGGUAGGUAAGUUGGGGUUCAGUUUAUUACUGGACAUUCAGGGGAAGCUAAUCUAUUUUAUUUAUAAUGUUAACAUAUUCAAAAGCUGUUAAAUUGGGGAUUAUCUUAAUUUUUAUUGCAGAAGAAAAUAUAUUUAAAAUAUAUAUGGAUCUGUAGCAAACAUAGACUACUUGAAAGCUAAAAAUUUGUACUUUUUGCUCAUGCUAGCAGCUUAAGAGCAGUAGCUUAUGUCAUAAAAAUGUUUUCCUGUCACUUCAAACAUUUUUGCUUUUAGGAUUUUUCAUUUUCAAAUUGAGAAAAGAAUU